GCCCGGCGCUUCGUCCAAUCAGGGGAACGGGGCGGGGCCUGCCAAAGCGUCCAUCGGGGAGGGCGAAGGCCCUGCUCUGCUCAGUCCCUGGCUCCGGGCGGCGAGCUGAAGUUGUGAGCCUGGCUUUCCCCUCCGAGAGGGUUCAGGUGCCUCUGCCAUAGCUUCUGCCGCCUGUGCGGUGACCCGCACUGGUCGUGGGAGUCACCUGAAAGGCAAGAAAUGGAUUCAGUGGCCUUUGAGGAUGUGGCUGUGACCUUCACCCAAGAGGAGUGGGCUUUGCUGGAUCCUUCCCAGAAAAAUCUCUAUAGAGAUGUGAUGCAAGAAACCUUCAAGAACCUGGCCUCUAUAGGGAAAAAAUGGAAAGCCCAGAACAUAUAUGUAGAGUACAAAAAUCUAAGGAGAAACCUAAGAAUUGUGGGAGAGAGACUCUUUGAAAGUAAAGAAGGUCAUCAGCAUGGAGAAAUUUUGACCCAGGUUCCAGAUGACAUGCUGAAGAAGAAAACAACUACUGGAGUAAAAUCAUGCGAAAGCAGUGUGUAUGGAGAAGCAGGCAGUGCUCAUUCAUCUCUUAAUAGGCACAUCAGAGAUGACGAUGGACACAAAGCAUAUGAGUAUCAAGAAUAUGGACAGAAACCACAUAAAUGUAAAUACUGUAAAAAACCUUUCAACUGUCUCUCCUCUGUUCAGACACAUGAAAGGGCUCAUAGUGGAAGGAAACUCUAUGUUUGUGAGGAAUGCAGAAAAACAUUUAUUUCCCAUUCAAGCCUUCAAAGACACAGGAUAAUGCACAGUGGAGAUGGACCUUAUAAGUGUAAAUUUUGUGGGAAAGCCUUGAUGUUUCUCAGUUUGUAUCUUAUCCACAAACGAACUCACACUGGAGAGAAACCAUAUGAAUGUAAACAGUGUGGUAAAGCCUUUAGUCAUUCUAGUAGCCUCCGAGUACAUGAAAGAACUCACACUGGGGAGAAGCCUUAUAAAUGUAAUGAGUGUGGGAAAGCAUUCUGUAGUUCCACACGCCUUCAUGCUCAUAAAAGAACUCACACUGGGGAGAAGCCAUAUGAAUGUAAACAGUGUGGGAAAGCCCUCAGCUCUUCCCAUUCUUUUCAAAUACAUGAAAGAACUCACACGGGGGAGAAGCCAUAUGAAUGUAAGGAAUGUGGAAAAGCAUUCAAGUGUCCCAGUUCUGCUCGUAGACAUCAAAGAACCCACUCUAGGAAAAAACCCUAUGAAUGUAAACAUUGUGGGAAAGUAUUAUCUUAUCUUACCAGCUUUCAAAACCACCUGGGAAUGCACACUGGAGAGACAUCUCAUAAAUGUAAGAUAUGUGGGAAAGCCUUUUAUUCUCCCAGGUCACUUCAAACACAUGAAAAAACUCACACUGGAGAGAAACCCUAUAAAUGCAACCAAUGUGGUAAAGCCUUUAAUUCUUCCAGUUCCUUCCGAUAUCAUGAAAGGACUCACACUGGAGAGAAACCUUAUGAGUGUAAGCAAUGUGGGAAGGCCUUCAGAUCUGCCUCAAUCCUUCAAGCGCAUGGUAGGACUCACACGGGAGAGAAACCCUAUGCAUGUAAGGAAUGUGGAAAACCAUUUAGUACUUUCUCUUUCUUUCAAAUACAUGAAAGGAUGCACAGAGAAGAGAAGCCAUAUGAAUGUAAGGGUUGUGGGAAAGCAUUCAGUUUGCCCAGUUUAUUUCAUAGACAUGAAAGGACUCACACUGGAGGGAAAACCUAAUGAAUGCAAGCAGUGUGGCAGAUCCUUCAGUUGUUUGAGUUCCUUUCGAUAUCAUGGAAGGACUCACACUGGAGAGAAACCCUAUGAAUGUAAGCAAUGUGGGAAGUCUUUUGGAUGUGCCUCGCGACUUCAAAUGCAUGGAAGGACUCACACUGGAGAGAAACCCUAUAAAUGUAAGCAAUGUGGUAAAGUCUUUAGAUGUUCUUCACAACUUCAAGUGCAUGGAAGGACUCACUGCAUAGGCACCCCAUAACCCCAGGCUUUAGGAGGCUGAGGUGGGAGGACUGCUUAAGCCCAGGAGUUCAAGACCAGCCUGGGCAACAUGGUGAGACUCUAUUAUAAAAAUUAAAUAAAUAAAAAGACUUCCAGUUGGUGGUAA